GCGCGUUUGAAUUCUGGUAUAGCCAAUCACGAUGCUAAAAAAUGCACGGAAACCUACAAUGAAAUCAAGGUAGAAGGCGCAGAAAUUUCGGGCGAAUAUUGGUGUGACGGAAGGGCUGCCUGCAGAGUUACCCGUCGAGGACAGCCUAUUCCAGUUUCACCGCUGGCUGAAGACAAUGGAGACAGAAAUUGAGCAGCAGGAAGAAGAGACCACUUUCAGUAACACUGACACUAACGGCAAGCGCCCUGCUGAGGACAUGGAUGAGGAACAGGCAUUCAAACGCUCCCGCAACACAGAUGAAAUGGUAGAGCUCAGGGUGCUUCUCCAAAGCAAAAACGCAGGGGCUGUGAUUGGAAAGGGGGGCAAGAACAUUAAAGCCUUACGCACAGACUACAAUGCCAGUGUAUCAGUCCCAGACAGCAGUGGCCCAGAGCGUAUCCUGAGUGUGAGUGCAGAUAUAGAGACUAUUGGUGAGAUUCUGCUGAAGAUCAUCCCUACCUUGGAGGAGUAUCAGCAUUACAGUGGGACUGACUUUGACUGUGAGCUGCGUCUGCUGAUUCAUCAGAGUCUGGCCGGAGGCAUUAUUGGAGUCAAAGGUGCCAAGAUCAAGGAACUGAGGGAGAAUACCCAGACUACAAUCAAGCUCUUCCAGGAAUGUUGCCCCCACUCCACUGACCGCGUAGUGCUAGUCGGGGGUAAACCUGAGCGUGUGGUUGAGUGCAUCAAGGUCAUUCUAGAGCUGAUUUCAGAGGCUCCCAUUAAAGGUCGAGCCCAGCCCUAUGACCCAAACUUUUAUGAUGAGACAUAUGACUAUGGUGGCUUCACUAUGAUGUAUGAAGAAAGAGGGCGACGGCCUAUGGGUGGGUUCCCAAUGCGAGGUCGAGGAGGAUUCGAUCGGAUGCCUCCUGGCCGUGGAGGUCGUCCCAUGCCUCCAUCCAGACGGGAUUAUGAUGACAUGAGCCCUCGUCGUGGACCACCUCCACCCCCACCAGGGAGAGGAGGACGUGGGGGCAGUAGGGCCCGAAAUCUGCCUCUGCCUCCGCCACCACCACCUAGAGGAGGAGGUGACCGAUUUUCCCACCAGAGCUAUCACAGCAGUAUGGAUGACAGACCAAACAGUGACCGAAGGGGGCGACCUGGAGACCGCUACGAGAGCAUGAGUGGAGGUGGAUAUGACAAUAAUUCUUCUUGGGAGCCCUUCCAAUCAGGUGGUCGAGGUUCUUACAGUGACAUUGGUGGACCCGUUAUUACAACACAAGUGACUAUCCCUAAAGAUCUGGCUGGCUCUAUCAUUGGAAAAGGCGGCCAGAGGAUCAAGCAAAUCCGUCAUGAGUCGGGAGCAUCUAUUAAAAUCGAUGAGCCUCUGGAGGGCUCAGAGGACAGGAUCAUUACCAUCACAGGCACACAGGACCAGAUUCAGAACGCCCAGUAUCUACUACAGAACAGCGUGAAGCAGUACUCUGGUCGGUUCUUCUAGAGGGUGGAGAUCGAAGCCAAACUGCCAUACCCAUUCACUUCAACUUGUUUUCAGAGCCUACAUUCCUCUGCUUCUUUGGUAGAUGUGCUCCCUGCCAUUUCUCCUAACAAUAUUUUUUUAAACAACAUAUUUGAGGGAAAAGUUUUCUCAAAAGCAAGUGGAUCCUCUUAUUUCUUUAACAUUUUCUUUCUGCACGCGAUUUUUUCCAUUAUUGAUUGUACUGUUUUGUAAGUAGAGGGAGCCCAUCUGUGAUGUCCACUGUUGGCCUUACCAGAGCUGCAUGCUUAGUCUGUGUACCAUGCAGAAUGUAAUUUUUUUUUUUUUUUUUUUUUUUUUUUUCUU